AGAACAAGCCAAAUUAACAGGGAACAUCAAUAUAAUAUAAUUAGCGAAAUUAUCGCAGCUUAGAGAUAAGAAUGAAGGAAGAGAAGAAACGAAUGCAAGCCAUCGUAGUCACAGACGAUAAUAUUAUUCGUUUGAACGUUGGUGGACAAAAAUUUACAACUAAAAGAUCAACUCUUUGUCAGGUUGAAGGUUCCUUGUUCGCUACAAUGUUUAGCAGUGACUGGGAAGAUAGUGUCGAGCGUGAUCAAGAUGGCGCUGUAUUCUUUGAUUUUAAUCCACAAUAUUUUGUUUAUAUUUUGGAUUAUUUAAGAGGGAGGAAAAUUGCGACUCCCGAGAAUCCUCCACCGUUACCGAAAGUCCCUGAGGAACAUGUGGAAAAUUUCCGUAGUCUGGUCGAGUAUCUUGGCUUUAGUCAUGAAAUCUUUCCAACUAAGAUUGUGACUGACGAGAAAUUCAACUUGCACAGCUCAGGAGUUACUCUUGAGGAAGACGGGAAAGUCGCAGUUCAUGAUGGAACUAAAGAACACAACUAUAUUUUCAGUGAAAAAAUUUACCAACAAGGAUUUGCGAUCAUCAAGUUACAGUUGGAGUUGAUAAAUAAUGAUUAUUGGGUGUUCAUUGGGAUAGUUGAAGGAGAUGUCGUACCACAAGAUGACGAUGCAUAUGAAUGGCGCUCGUCAUAUGGCUGGGGACUAGGGUCCAGUCCUGGCAGAGGGGUGUUCAAAGAAGGUUCAUAUACGAAGGACAAUACUUUAUCAGCUCUGACGAAACAAGAUGUUAACGAGCUAAAGUUAGUCGUGGAUUGCAAUGCUGCCAAACUGUUGCUAAUUUCACGCAAUGGUCAUAAAUUUCAUGUGGAUAUUCCUGAAAACAAAACCUGGAGACUUUACAUAAACAUGGUUGGUAGUCUUCACAAAAUACGAUUAAUCCAAUGAAUUUUCAAUCGAAAGACGUCCAGCAUUUCUCAUAUGUAUUAACACAGUCGGACUGUUUAGAAUGUUGAAACUGUUAUAUAUGCAAUAUAAGACAUUUAGCUUUAAGAGUAGUGUGGUUAAAUCAAUAUACCUAUUCUGGAACCAACAAAGCAGUUAAUUUUACUUCCAGAAUUUAUAAGCAAAGUUUGU